AUGGCAAAGCGUAAAGCGGCAAAGCAUAAAGAGUCAAAGCGUAACACCGUCGCCUAUUGCUUGCGGUGUCGUAAGAAAACAACCAUGAUAAAGCCCAAGCUAUGCAAGAUGAGAAGAGGACGCAAGCGACUGGCUGGACACUGCGCAAAAUGUCGGACCAAAACCAGCCUCAUCGUUGGCAAAAGUUUCAAAAUGUGA